AUGNUGACCGCUCGAUUGGAUGUGAACGCACUUCUGUCGGAUGCCAGUUUACUGGCAGUUCACCGGGUCACUGUGCACAUACACGAUCUGAAUGACAACGGGCCGAAAUUCGAUCAGCUUCGCUGGCACCGUCGAUUGAAGGAGAUCCUCUACCGGAAAGGCCGUCGCUUAGAAUUACCCAAAGCGCAAGAUGCCGAUCUACUGGCGGAGCACAGACGCAUCCAGUAUCGUCUACAGGCCAAAGAUACCGAUCUGGUCGGGUCUACGGUGAGUCCAUUUCGUCUAGAAGUCACACCGAACGGUCAACCCAUUCUCGUGCUUACCGAGGAUUUGGACGCGGAGACCAAACGACGUCAUCAGCUAGUUCUGGUCGCGUACAGUCCGUCCCCGAUCCGCAUCUCAUCCCCGCUGAUCACACAGAAACUGACAUCGGUCUCGAAAAUGACCAAAUUCGCAACGAGCACAAACAAUCCGAGUGAAGCACGUUUGGAAAUUGAUGUCGAAGUGGCCGAUAUGAAUGACAAUGAACCGCGGUUCGACUCGACCAACUACAACACAAGUGUCCGAGAGGAUGCGUCGUUGGAUUCGGUAAUCUAUCAACUCGUUGCUCAUGAUCCAGACAGUACAGCACAAUUGACCUACCGCAUGGGCCUGUCCGCGGAAAGCGCAGUGAUGAACAGCACGUUUGUGGUCGAAUCGGACGGUCGUGUUCGUUUGCGUAGUUACCUCAACUACGAAUUGCGUCACACAUACAAGCUGCCCGUGGAAGUCACAGAUGGUGAAUUCGGCGCACAAAGUGUACUUCACAUCCACGUAAUCGAUGUGAAUGAUGAGCCACCCGCGUUUGAAAUCAACCCAAAAUUGCUACUGGCUGAUGAGAAUGUGACUCCAGGGAAACUGAUUGGCCGCGUACGUGUCUAUGAUCCGGACAGUAAACCGGUGAAUGGCGAAGUACGAUGCUCCGAGCCGGACCAGUUGAAACGACGUCAAGCGUUGAGCUUCAAUCCGGAUCCUGGGGUGAAUCCCAGCUCCGAUGUGUACGAUUUGACCACGCGAUUCGCACUCGAUCGGGAAGCCAUUGCAGGACCAGCACCGAAGCAGCUCUACGUUUACCUCAUCUGCGUGGACGGAUUCGAAUCACAACACGCCCAGGGCACACAACACACAUCCACCAUGACUGCCACACUGGUUGUUCGAGAUGACAACGAUCACUCGCCUGUAUUUAAUCAGACAGUUUACCACGCUGCGAUGCGUGAAAACAAUUUGAUUGGUGAAAAGGUCAUUCAAGUAAGUAUCUAA